AUGCUUGGUACACAAUCAACAGAAAUGAUUGAUAUAACUAAAGAACCAUUAGCUUCAUUUAUUGCAAAUAAUUAUCGAACAGUAGAAAUUAUUGCUUAUAUGAAGAGUUUAUGUGAUGAUACAAAAAUAUAUAAUCGAAUGAGAUUAAUGCUGCUUGGUGGUGAACAAACAGGCAAAACAUCACUUCUUCAAGCUUUUAAACGUGAAAGUUUUCAUAAUAAUAAUACUAUACAACAAUUUCUACGAAGAAAAUCAACAACAAUACGUAAUUUUCCAAUUCUUGAUAUAUCCGAAUGGAUAUAUGAUAAAACACCUCGUGGAUUAAUAGGUCCAAUUACAUUUCGUACUUGGGAUUUUGGUGGACAGCAUGAAUUUCAAACAAUUUAUCAAUAUUUUUUUACUCGACGUACUCUUUAUUUAAUUUGCUGGAAAAUGACUGAAUAUGAUAUGAAUGAACAAAUUUUUGAUACAAUACAUAAUAUUUUAAUAAAUAUUCAAGUAAGUCUUUUUGUUUUGUUUUUUUUUUAUUCCUGA